AUGGUGCUUGUGCCGGGACAGUAUGGGCACUUGAAGUUGGCCACGCUGUUGCGGCUGAGCUUGAGCAAACUUUCUUUGGAGAUGAUAUGGUGGCACGGCAGCACCAUUGGCGGAUUUUCGGGGGUCGUUUCCUCUUUCGAGACUGGACAGAUGAAGAUGGAGUGGAACUGCAACGAGGCAGGAAGGUUGAUUUCGAACGGAAUCUCGUUGCUCUUGAUUGCCUUGUUUAUCGACUUUUCGUUCUUCAAAGUCUUGUCGGUCCACGAUUUGACCUGGGCCUUUGUGCUGGUGAGAUCAUCGUUAUCGUUCUCAAUGUUGUGUUUGAGCGUUUCCAAGCCUGCCAACAGCGAAUCCGAGUCCGUCACAAUGUUCUCCAACGACCGGUUGCCCGAAAGCUUGUCAAUUUCCUCUGAUAACGAUUUAAAAGAAGAAGACAUCGCUGGUGGUGGGUACAGAAAUUAA